GCCAGCAAAGAGAGAACCAACGCAGCUCAGGUUGCAGCCCCGGCCUGCUGUGAGGGGAUAUAAAGACAGGGCCUGACGGGUGGCCCCAGACUAAGUGCCUGGGAGACUCAACUGGCUUCUGCAGGCGGCUUCUACUCCAAGUGGUGAUGGGGAAAAUCGGCUUCUCCCUGAUCCUCACCCUGGCUCUGGUGACCCUCAGCACCUCUUCAGAGAGAAAGUGUGUCCUGUCCGGAUCGUGGAGGAGCAGCGUGGGCUGCAAGAUGGUUGUUUCUGAACUCAGCGAGGCUGGAGCGUUCUCGGGUUCAUACCUCUCUGCAGCAAUGUCCCCCAAGGCUGACCGCCUGUCAUCGCGCCUGCAUGGAAUCCAGCACGACGCCAGCCCGACGGAGCAGCCAACCUUCGGCUUCACCGUGAAGUGGCAGUUCUCAGAGUCUCCGCCAGACUCCAUGAGCGUCUUCGUGGGCCAGUGCUUCGUGGAUGACCAGGGAGAGGAGACCCUGCAGACCAUGUGGCUGCUGCGCCAGGAGGUCGGAUCCCCUGGCGCCGACUGGAAAGCAACCAGGGUCGGCACAAACGUUUUCACCCGGAUCAAGGGGCAGAACAUGGGCAAAUCCAUGAGGAGCGACUGUGCCUGGUGACCCAGCAGCAUUGUGACCCAGGGGUCCUGCACCCCCCCAUCCGGAAUCUCUCAAGAGCGUCUCGCCCAGUGUCGGGGCUGUUUGCUGGCCUGCAGAGGCGCCGUCUCUGUCUCCAUCUCCCCUCGCUCUCCGGUUACCCCCCAUCCCAGAGUCGCUGUCUGCACCCCUGAUGCUGCAGUUAAGUUCCUUUUCCAGUAAAGUUCUAGCGCGGGAGGCAAA